CAACAACAUUUCUCUCCCACGGCGAAGCAUCCAUCCAAAAAGGGCUGCGAAGGCAGAGCCAAAGCUUCUUCGCAAACCUCCUCGCCUUCUUACACACACACACGGACGAUAGUUGAAACUUGAAAUCUCUCAUUUUCUGUCCCAGACCUCUCAAAUCUCUCUUUUUCUGUCUCUGAAUUCCUCAACAACAAUGCCUGCUUCGUCCUCAGCGGAGGCAAGGACAAGGUGGAGGAAGAAGCGGAAGAGGGAGGCCCCAAUUGGGCGACGCCCCAAGCCCCAAGACGACGACGUCGAUGACGAUGAGGAGGAGGAGGAGGACCUCGAUCAACAGCAGCAGCAGCAGCAGCACGAAUUGGAUGACGAUCAACAGCCGCAGCAAAACCCUCACCCCGGUUCCGAUCCGGGUCCGACUGCGCGGGAGAGCGAAGUCUUAUCGGACGGCGGGGUUCGAAUCUCCGACUUCCCGCCGGUGGUCAAGCACACCGUGAAUCGUCCUCACUCGUCGGUGCUCGCGAUUGUCGCGCUGGAGAGGUCGAUUCGGUGCGGGGAGGGCAAGGCUGUGCAGAACGGCGUCGUUCUGGAGAACGUGUCGCACGGGCAGCUCCAGGCGCGGUCUGCCGUGCCGGCCGAUAGUCCGGUGCUGUUGGCGGCGGCUGGGGAUUCCGAGAGAGCGGAGGGGUCUUCUUCGGCGUAUGUGAUUACGCCGCCUCCCAUUAUGGAAGGUCGUGGAGUUGUGAAGCGUUUUGGGAGUAACGCAGUUCAUGUUGUGCCAAUGCACUCAGAUUGGUUUUCACCUAAUACAGUCCACAGAUUGGAGAGACAAGUAGUCCCACAUUUCUUCUCUGGGAAGUCAGUUGACCAUACACCUGAAAAGUAUAUGGAAUGUCGGAAUCGCUUAGUUGCCAAGUACAUGGAAAACCCAGAUACAAGACUCUCUGCUGCUGAUUGCCAAGGAUUGGUAGCUGGUAUUGAUAAUGAUGAUUUAACUCGAAUUGUUAGGUUUCUUGAUCAUUGGGGAAUUAUUAACUACUGUGCUGCUGCCCCCAAUUGUGCACAUCAGAGUGAUGGUUUGAAUUUAAGAGAGGAUUCCUCUGGUGAGGUUCAUGUGCCAUCAACUGCUUUGAAGUCCAUUGAUAGUUUAAUUCACUUUGACAAGCCUAGAUGUAGGCUGAAAGCAGCAGAUGUAUACCCAUCAUUGUCAUGUCAUGAAAGCAAAGAGUCUGAUUUAGACAGAAGAAUCAGAGAGCGACUAUCUGAAAAUCGAUGCAACUAUUGUUCCUCUCCUCUACCCUUUGUCUACUAUCAGUCGCAGAAGGAGGUUGAUUCAGUGCUAUGCUUGGACUGUUUCCAUGAUGGAAAAUUUGUUACAGGCCAUUCAAGCUUAGACUUUGUAAGGUUUGAUACUACUAAAGAUUAUGGUGAUCUGGAUGGGGAAAGUUGGACUGAUCAGGAAACACUACUGCUGCUUGAAGCUAUGGAGAUGUACAAGGAGAACUGGAAUGAAAUAGCCGAGCAUGUUGGUACUAAGUCAAAAGCACAGUGCAUCCUUCAUUUUAUCCGUCUUCCAAUGGAGGACCGCCCUUUGGAAAAUAUUGAGAUUCCAAACGUGCCCCUCUCCUCAAAUUUGUUAAAUAGAGAUGAUUCUGGAAGAUCACAAUUAAAUUCAAAUGGAGAUUCAGCAGGAUAUUGGCCCCAAGACCCAGAUUCAGAGAGUAGGCUUCCUUUUUCAAAUUCUGCUAACCCAGUUAUGGCCUUGGUUGCCUUUCUGGCAUCUGCUGUGGGACCAAGAGUUGCUGCGGCUUGUGCCCAUGCAUCCUUGGAAGUACUGUCUGAGGAUUCUCAGAAGGCAUCUGGGCAUGGUAAUAGGAUGAAUUUGGAGAGUUGGCAUGACAAUGAAGGCAGUUCUCACGCCGGAAAUCCAAACACAAAUCAGAGAAAAGAAGAUAACUCCAGAGUACAAAGUCAAUUUAAUCAGAAUGGUGAGGUCACUCCAUUAUCUGCUGAAAAGGUGAGAUGUGCGGCCAAAGCUGGUCUUUCUGCUGCAUCAACAAAAGCAAAACUGUUUGCAGAUCAUGAAGAGCGUGAAAUUCAAAGGCUGUCUGCAAAUAUUGUAAACCAUCAGUUGAAGAGAUUAGAGCUUAAGCUGAAGCAAUUUGCAGAGGUGGAAACACUGUUAAUGAAGGAAUGUGAACAUGUAGAGAGGGCAAGGCAGAGGAUUGCUGCUGACCGGACCCGCAUAAUGUCAACUCAGUUUGGCACUGGAGGAGUGACUUCACCCAUGAACAUGCAGGGCGGUAAUCCAACGGCGGUUAAUAACACUGGCAAUAACCGGCAACCAGUCAUAACGGGCUCAUCCUCACAGCCAUUCAUUUCUGGGUAUGGCAACAAUCAGCCAGUCCAUCCCCAAUUCAUGGCACGUCAACCUAUGUAUGGACUUGGACCACGGCUGCCACUUUCAGCGUUACACCCAUCCUCAUCUCCUUCUCCUAAUGCUAUGUUCAGUGCAGCAGCAAAUGCCCAGUCCACUCUCAAUCAUCCAAUGCUGAGGCCUGUAUCAGGCAGUGGCCCCGGUCCGGGUUAACAAGUAGUGAGAUCAAUUCAGUAACGCAGUUUGUGAUCUUAUUGGGCUCUCUCCUCUCUCCCUUUCCAUAUUGGAAUAAGGGAAGGAAACAUGGUGAUUCAAAGCCAUAGACUUCGUUCUUCUAGUCUCUGGAAUGAGUCACUGGGGGCUGGUUCACAACUAUCGGCUGGUGUCUGAGAAGAACCAUUCUUAUGAAGGCUCAGUUACUCGGUUGGUUCGUGCAGCUCAUUGGUAACUUUGGUUUGUAUGCCUAUUGUUAUUCAACAUUCAAUUGUAGGGAGAAGGAAACUGAUUUGGACACUUAAACCGUUGCUAGCUGUUGUACAGAUAAUAUAAGCAACUAGAGCAAUACUUUAGAGCUCCAUUUUAUGA